AUGGCAGGAGUGAAGAGUACUGCUUCUUCUGUUAAAAAGAAAUCUAGCACUGUUGUACAACGUGAAGAUGAAAAUUCACUUGCACUAAUCCAAGCAGUCCAAGAUGCUCCCAUCACUUCAUCCUACAAUGAUCGUAUUCGUCCACUCCUUGAUACAGUUGACAAGCUCCGUCACCUUAUGGUCACAAGAGAAGGCAUACAGCUCCCCACCAUUGUGGUUGUUGGCGACCAAUCAUCAGGAAAAUCUAGCGUCCUUGAAUCACUUGCCGGUAUCCACCUUCCCCGUGGUCAGGGAAUUUGCACAAGGGUACCUUUAAUAAUGAGGCUUCAGCACCAGCCACUUCCUCAACCUGAACUUUUCUUAGAAUUCAAUGGAAAAGUUGUUAGAACCGAUGAAGAACAUGUUUCUGAGGCCAUCAAUCUUGCCACUGAUGAGAUUGCCGGCCUUGGGAAGGGGAUUUCUAACGCUCCUUUAACAUUGGAGGUGAGAAAAAAUGGUGUUCCUGAUUUAACAAUGGUUGAUCUCCCUGGAAUUACUAGGGUGCCUGUGCAUGGCCAGCCUGAAAAUAUCUAUGACCAGAUAAAGGAGAUUAUCAUGGAGUAUAUUACUCCUGAAGAGAGUAUUAUACUCAAUGUUCUUUCAGCGACAGUGGAUUUCACUACUUGUGAAUCAAUCAGGAUGUCACAGAUGGUGGACAAGACUGGUGAGAGGACUCUUGCUGUUGUUACUAAGUCUGACAAGGCUCCUGAAGGGCUACUUGAGAAGGUUACUGCUGACGAUGUCAAUAUUGGGCUUGGCUAUGUCUGUGUUAGGAAUCGGAUAGGAGAAGAAUCUUAUGCAGAGGCGCGAGUUGAAGAGGCAAGACUUUUUGAAACUCAUCCCCAGCUUUCCAAAAUCGAUAAUUCUAUUGUUGGAAUUCCUGUUCUGGCACAAAAGCUGGUGCAAAUUCAAGCAGCUAGUAUAGCGAGAAAUUUGCCCGCUAUUGUGAAGAGCAUUAAUGACAAGUUGGCCAUGAAUGUUGCUGAACUGAAAAGAAUGCCCCCGAAGAUGUCAUCUGUUUCUGAGGCAAUGACAGCUUUCAUGCAGAUCAUUGGAUUAGCAAAAGAAUCAUUACGCAAAAUCGUUGUGAGAGGAGAAUUUGAUGAAUACCCAGAUCUUCAAAACAUGCAUUGCACUGCUCGGUUGGUAGAAAUGCUCAACCAGUAUUCUGAUGAACUUCACAAGCACGCUGAAACAAAGCCAGCAAAGAACUUUCUGAUGGAGGAGAUUAUGGUUUUGGAGGAAGCCAAAGGUAUUGGACUGCCGAAUUUUCUUCCCCGCACUGCCUUCCUCACUAUCCUACAGAAAAAGGUGAAAUGCAUAUCGAGUAUACCGAUUAGUUUUGCUGAGAAGGUCUGGAACUAUGUUGAGGAAGUUGUCAUUUCUGUCAUAAUGCAACACUCUGAAAACUAUUACCAACUGCAGUUAUCUUUUAGGCGUGCUGGGCAUAAUCUUAUAGCCAAGAUGAAAGAGCGCUCAGUCAACUGGGUCAUGGAGAUCGUUGAAAUGGAAAAGCUGACAGAUUAUACUUGUAAUCCAGAGUACUUGUCUGAUUGGAAUACUCUAAUGUCUCAACAAGAUGCAUUCAUGAAGGAUGUCUUGACCAAUGAAGAAAGGCCUGCAAAGAUAAAGCUUAAUAGUUUUGGUGAGAUUGAAGUUGGGAAACUUAGGGACUAUCCACAUGUUCUGCAACAGGCUUUUGAUAUGAAGAUGAGAAUGACUGCAUACUGGAAAAUUGUGUUAAAAAGAUUGGUUGACUGCAUGGCUCUACAUUUACUUCUCAGUGUUGGAAAUUUGGUUAACAGAGAGUUUGAAAUUGAGAUUGUGAAUGAAUUGAUGGGACCUGGUGGUGGAAUUGAAAGGAUGCUGGAGGAAUCACCUGCAGUUGCUGCAAAGCGACUGAAAAUAAACAAGAGUAUACAGCUGCUUAAGAAGUCCAAAGAAGUUGUUGCCAAGAUCAUGGACAAGGUUGGCACGUAUGCUGAUUAG